AGAGCCGAGUGCCAGGCUCACUUCCGGAGCGGGGAGGGCCAUUUCCGGGAGUGCGAAGCCGCGUUUCUCGAUGGCGGUGGAGAGGAGGAAGGCGGAGGCGUUGCCUAUGUUGUGAAGCCACCUUGAGUCCCCUCCAGAGUUGAGAAAGGCGGGAUAAAAGUGCUGUAAGUAACCUCUGAACAAACCUUGAGAAGACCCUGUGAGAGCUUUGCCCUAGAGAUGCCUUAGGACUGAAAUGAAGUGUCACUGCACUGGCAAGAACAAGGAAUAAGUACGAGAAACAUAUUUCAAGUGAAAUACUUGGAGGAAAGUGAGCAUUUUGCUGUUAAAAGAGGGGCUUUGGAAAAAGACCAGAAGGCUACGAAAAUACAAAGACAGAGAAGGCCAAAUCCUGUGCUGUUCAGGAGUUAUUACCUAUGAACUUCUGCCAUAAUAUUUUAAACAUAAAUUUAAAAGAAUGGAAAAUCUUCAUCCCUGUUCCACAUCACAUAAAAGGGAGAAGGUACAUAAGUGUAUGGACUGUGGGAAAUGUUUCAUGGGGAAAAGUUCUCUUACUAAACAUCAACGAACUCACACAGGGGAGAAGCCAUAUCAAUGCAUGGAAUGUGGAAAGAGCUUCAGUCAGAAUGCACAUCUGCAUUUGCAUCAAAGGACCCACACAGGGGAGAAGCCAUAUCAAUGCAUGGAAUGUGGAAAGAGCUUCAGUCGGGGUGACAAAUUGUAUAUUCAUCAGAGGAUCCACACAGGAGAGAAGCCAUAUCAGUGCAUAGAAUGUGGAAAGAGCUUCAGUGACAGUGGAUACCUCCAUUGCCAUGCAAGGACUCACACAGGGGAGAAGCCAUAUAAAUGCAUUGAAUGUGGAAAGAGCUUCACUUGGCGUGUACAGCUGCGUUCGCAUCAAAGGACUCACACAGGAGAGGAACCACAUCAAUGCAUGGAAUGUGGAAAGAGCUUCAGUCAGAGUGGAGAGCUGCGUUCCCAUCAAAAGAUCCACACAGGGGAGAAGCUACAUCAAUGCGCUGAAUGUGGAAAGAGCUUCAUUCGCAGUGGGCAGCUACAGUCCCAUCAAAGGACCCACACAGGGGAGAAGCCAUAUCAAUGCAUGGAAUGCGGAAAGAGCUUCAGUCAGAGUGGAGCGCUGCGUUCCCAUCAAAGGAUCCACACAGGGGAGAAGCCAUAUCAAUGCAUUGAAUGUGGGAAGUGCUUCAGUCGGAGUGACAGUCUGCAUUCACAUGAAAGGACCCACACAGGGGAGAAGCCAUAUCAAUGCAUGCAAUGUGGAAAACGCUUCAGUUGGAGUGUACAGCUGCUUUCCCAUCAAAAGACCCACACAGGGAAGAUGCCAUAUCAAUGCAUUGAAUGUGGAAAGAGCUUCAGUCGGAGUGGAGAGCUGUGCUCCCAUCAAAAGACCCACACAGGGGAGAAGCCUUAUCAUUGCAUGGAAUGUGGAAAGAGCUUCAGUCAGAGUGGAGCUCUGCAUUCCCAUCAAAGGACCCACACAGGGGAGAAGCCACAUCAAUGCAUGGAAUGUGGAAAGAGAUUCAUUCAGAAGUCAAAUCUGCGUACCCAUCAAAGGAUGCACACAGGGGAAAAGCCACAUCAAUGCACGGAAUGUGGAAAGAGCUUCCGUGACAGUGGAUCUCUGCAUUCCCAUCACAGGACCCACACAGGGGAGAAGCCAUAUCAAUGCAUUGAAUGUGGAAAGAGCUUCCGUUGGCGUGGACACCUGCGUACCCAUCAACGGACUCACACAGGGCAGAAGCCACAUCAGUGCAUGGAAUGUGGAAAGAGCUUCAUUCAGAGUGGAGAGCUGCGUUCCCAUCAAAGGACCCACACAGGGGAGAAGGCAUAUCAAUGCAUUGAAUGUGGAAAGAGUUUCAGUUGGCAUGGACAACUGCGUUCCCAUGCAAGGACCCACACAGGGGCGAAGCCAUAUCAAUGCAUGGAAUGUGGAAAGAGUUUCAGUCAGAGUGGACAGCUGUGUUCGCAUCAAGGGACCCACACAGCGGAGAAGCCACAUCAAUGCAUUGAAUGUGGAAAGAGCUUCAGUCGGAGUGACUUUCUGCGUUCCCAUGCAAGGAUCCACACAGGAGAGAAGCCAUAUCAAUGCACUGAAUGUGGAAAGAGCUUCAGUUGGAGAGGACAGCUGCGUUCCCAUCAAAGGACUCACACACAGCUAGAGGAGGAGACCUGCCUUUCCUAGUUCUGCUUUAAAAAAAUCCCCCAAAGAUCCCUGCUCUCCAUAGUAAGAUAAAGAAUGGGAGAGUGAAAGCAAAGAGGAAGGUCACCGCCUUGUUUUUUAUUUGUCAUAGACAGCAGUCUGUGUGGCCUGGGGCUUGAUUGCUGCUGGGGAAGGUAUCCCACAGAAGAGGACUCUGUUAAGGUAUACAGAAAACGGGGUGAGUUUUUGCAAGGAUCAACACCAAGAUUAAGAUAGAAGGAUGCCCCUGGUGGCACAGUGCAUUAAAGCGCUAAAUGCAACAGUUUAUGGGACCAGCCCUAGUACCGCAGAGACUGUAGCAAAGGAAAUUUAUUUUGCCUUCAGUAUUGCUUUGUGGUUGAACUCUGGAAGAUGGAGCCGUGAGUGAAUUUGGCAGCAUUCCCAAUUGUCAGGUUGAAUGGCAGUAACUACUCCACAUGGAAGGUGUAGAUGGAGAGUUACUCAAGGAGGGAAUCUUUAUGGGACUUUGCUGUGAACCCACUGCCACAGCAUGCGACAGAGCAGCAAAGAGCUCCGGAGAAGGCCCAGGCAACACUUAUCCUUGGAGUGGACAAUGAGCAAUUAGUCCACAUCUCCAGUUUUCCAUUGCAAAUGCUAUAUGGGUGCAGCUGAAGGAGGUACAUGUCUCGGACUCUGCAACAACCGUAGCUGCGCUAGCUAUGGUAGGAGGCAGUACAUGAAGUGUCUGCAGAAGGGGGAGGAAUUAAGGCAGGGGUCCUCAAACUUUUUAAGCAGAGGACCGGUCCACAAUUCUUCAGACUGCUGAGGAGCUAAAUUAUUGUUUGGAAAAAAAUACAAAUAAAUUCCUAUGCACACUGCACAUGUCUUAAUUGUAGUGCAAAAAACAAGGCUGUACAUGAAGUGUCUGCAGAAGGGGGAGGAAUUAAAGGACCAUUUACAAACUGCAAAGCUUCUUUGUUGAGCUCGAGCAAAGAGACUUCAGACUCACUGAAGUAAAUAAAUGCAUUAUUGUGCUGUCUUCAAUGGACAGCAUAAUUGUGAAUUCUUUGGAGUAACUCCCACAAGCAUAGUUGAAUUUGCAAUACAUCUCUGUGAGUCUGCUGGCAGACUGGGAGAGGCGGAGAGAUCAGCAUUUGGAGACUACAACACAACAGGACAUGCCCAACACAGACAGCCAGCUGGGGAAGCAGCAGAAUAAAAAGAGUUUGUGCAGUGAGAAGGUGUUUUGUUUGUGAUUUCCCAAAACACAUGAAAAGGGACUGUCUAAGAUGGCAAGACAACCAGAAGAAGCUGCAUCAGAAGAGGGGCUCCUCAUGUGAGGGUUGUAAAGACACAAGGACUUAUUUUAUGUUGACUGGAUGUGCACAACAUAUUGUGAACGACAGGACUCAAUUUCAAAAACUUAGUCUGAUAGUCUGAAUGUGAAGUAUUAUCAAUGAAGUAGUCCAGCCUUUGAUUGUACUUGAUCUCAAUGGGGAUUCUGGGCCUGUUAGGUAGCCCAAUAAUGACAUUGGGGAUUCUGGGUCUGCAGACCAACAGAAGGAUCAGAGGAUUUUAAGCCCUGGGAAUGGGAGCGCUCUGUCCAAGGGAGGCCACAUUCCGGAAAGGCAGUUCCCUAGAGAUGCAAGGUCAGAGACAGAAUUGAGCUCAGAGGAGGAAAAUGCAAGGCCAGGGGUUAAUAUGCGACAGCUAGGUAGGAGAUUGAUGUUCCAUCAACAUAGAGCUUCUUGUGAGAAAGUACGAAGGUCAAGCUGCUUAUUAUCCAAGAAGCCCGUAUCAGCUUUUAAAGGGAAACUGCACGUUUUUCUGUCUAUUUUAGAGACAACAGCAAAUGGGUUCCUUAGUCUAGGCAACCUUGGUGUUAGAGCAUAGAACUUCGGCUAAGUUUUCCAAGGGGUUUUUAAUUCCAGGUUUUGUUGUGUUCAUGUUUCAUGUCUCAAGUUUUUAAGGACUGUUCCUAUGUUGCAUGUUUUUGGGUGUAUCCUGCUUUUGUAUUCCUGGUUUUUUGAUGGAUAUCGUGUACUUUGAACUCUGAGGAUUAUUCCUGUUUUUGAACAUUUAUUCUUAUACUAUUUUCCUGAAUUGCUUCUUAUCUAUAAACAUAAUAAAAGUGAAAAAUGUG